GGCGUAACGAACGCUAGUAAAAGCGCACUUUGUUAGGUGACGUCUAGGCGAAAAUGCGCCUAGCUCUGGCCACUAAAAUCAAGUUAGUUGCUCUCAGGCUUCUCUGUCGUGAACCGCGUCCCGUGAAUUGCGCCUAGUUUGCAUUUAGUACGGUGCGGUAUACGCGAGAGGUUCCGCUCGCGAGUGCGGAUUAGCUCCCAGAGAUAGCAGCACAUACGACAAGAAGAACAGAGCCGCAUCACUGUGUUGACACGGUGCCUUCACGGCCGUGGUGGGAAGUGGAAGUUUGGAAGUUUCAGUAUUAGUAGCUCGCCAUGUUUUUCACUGAGAGGGGUGUGUAGAAGAGGCCGGGGUGAGAAUCAUCUCUCGGGGCAUGCAGUGUCAAAAUGGGAAGGAAACUAUACUUGUUAUCCUUCGCUAAGACCUGCCAGCCUCACUCUAACAAUAUAUCCACCACCCAUAUACAAGAAUUAAAUAAUUUUUAAACAACGUAACUGAAACUCUAAGAAAUAUUAAUACCGUUACCGGGCAAUUAAGUAACUUAACGCAAAGAGAGAAAAAAGAAAGAAAAAAAGACAAAAAGAAGAAUUCAAGUAAGAAUUUUAAAAGAAGCAAUUGACGAGCCCGAGCGUUAUGGUGGUGGAUUCAGUUAAAUUGAAACAUUAAAGGACAAUAAUAAAAUACCGUAAUACCUUACUGUAUAUAGGAGAGAUGAUCACCCGAGGGGUAGUGGAGUUUGUUAGAGUUUCUGGGUCUAGGGGAAUAUUCUGUAAGAGGGAAUGAGGAGCCCGAGAGAACAUCUGGUUGGGAUAGCUACGUCCCCUCAAGGGCGUGAAUUCUUCAGCUUAAGGGCCGAGGAUGAGUUGCGCAUGUGGCUUUAUGUUGAGCUGUGCAUAUUGGGAGUGAACGUGUCCAGAUACCUGGAAUUUUUAAUCUCUCUAUUGCGCUACCCCAUCUCGGCCCUAAGUACCGUGCAAGGGAUCGUUGGAGUAGACACGUACACAGGACAACAUCUACUUGCCUCAUCCGUAGAAGAGCUGGAGACCCUUGGUAACUGGAUGCGAGCCGAACGACGAGCUAUUGCCCUGGGAUGUCUGAUAGGUGCUAGCAGUUUUGAUGCAAACUUAUCAAGAAUAAUGAUGCUGGUUGACGAAGUGAUGACGAGGCUAGACAAAGUGGACGGCAGGAACGUGAAUCUUAUGGAAGAAGAAUUUAAGAUACCCAACGAAGAAUUUCACACACCCGCAACGAAUAUAGAAGCAUCCAUGCCUGCCGGUAGCGCUUACGGAACUCAAGAAGAAUUCACAAUCUCAUUGCAACCUGUACUGAUAGAAGAGAUUUCUCGGUGGACGGAAAAGAAUAUUGGCACUACAUACUGCAGCAACACGAACAACAGGAUCAAUUCAUACAAUAACAAAAAUAAUGAAGCAUGCAAUAAAAAUAAUAAUGUAUCCGUUGUGAGUAACAUUGAGUUCCAACAGCCAGACAACAAAAACAGUUUUGGAUUUGUUGAGUCGAUGGAACGGCAAAGAGAAAAGGACCGUCUACAAUUGGAGAUCGAACGGUUACAGUUAGCUCGACUGCAGGCUAAAUUUAACGAGGAUGUGGAAGCAAUUUGGAACGGAGGGUUACAAAUUGCGCAGGAAGAACAGCAGGACUGUAAACUCCUGCAGGACAGGAUAAUCCCUCCUGCCCCUGCUAUAUUUCCAAACUCGCAACCGAUAUUUACAAUACCUGAUGGUUCUCCCAUGAGCGUCUAUUCAUCUGGCUCAAAAAAUGGGAAAAUCAUUGAUGUCGACUUAUUUCACUCAGUAUCUCGCCUUGAAGCACCUAUCAGUGACAUACAGAAUGGCGAGCUAAUCAACGUUCAAGAUCCGGUGGAGAACAGCUUCAAAUAUAAUGCAGGAUAUAAUAACACGAAAAACAUAAAAAAUUGGCCGGACCUGAUUAGCAAUGAUCUUUGGCGCAGAAAAGGAAUAGAAGAUAACUGGGUGUAUUUGACUCGGAAUAUACAAGCGGUUGGUUCCUUUCCAGUAGCAUCCUGCAAACCUUCUCAUGGAAGUCACAUAGAAUCCCCUUCGAUUCUGAAACUAAGUAACCUUCCAGAACCAGAUGAGGAUUUAUUGACUUCCGCACGUACACAUUUUCGCCCAAUAAAGGACGAUGGUUACUGGGCAGACGGAACAACAUUCCCCGUCAAUACUGCUGUAGAACAGGUCGCCUAUCGUAGAUCUGAGUCAGGAAAUGUAUGGUAUCUUCCUGGCGGAGAAAGCCCAUAUAUGGAGUAUCGAGAGAAUGACACGGCCAGCCCCGUCGUGCCCGCAAUACUCUCUUCAAAUUUAACUCCGAAAUUCCGGGUGCGCCAGUGCGACAAGAGUAUCCAAACAGACCCUGUGCGAUUUGCGGUCAGACGUAAACUCUUCUUCGACGAUGAUUGUUAUGACAGUACUCCGCUUAGAGGUGAAGACAUUGUCAUAAACAAGGACGAAGAAGAAGAAGAAGAAGAAGCAGUUAUUGAAGGCGAGGAAACAGUCACGGUCCAGUGUCCAAAAAAUAAAUGGGUUACAGAAAAUCAAGAUGCAAUAACAAUAGAUAAUGAGAAAAAUGGCAUUCAUCAUAAGCAAGAAAUUAAACAGACUAAUAGAGAUCGUGACCAUAAUGGCAAUAGAAAAGAACUGGAAGGUAAAGAUAAAACCGAAAAUAAAAGUUAUGAUAAAGAUGGGGAUGAUCAUGAGGAGAAGGAAAGUGAAGAUGAAGAAGAAGGGGAGCAGGAGCAGGAGGAUAUUAAAAUCGAAAUCUACAAAUAUAACCAAGUAGAAAAAGAUAAUGAAGAAAGGUACAAAGAUAGGGAAAAGACAAAGAAAAAAGAUAAGGACGAAGACGAUGAUGAAGAAGAGGAUGAGGAUGAAGAUGAAAAAAAUGAAGACGAUGACGAUAAUGGAGAUGAUGAUGAUAAUGAGGACAACGAUAAUGGGGAUGAUGAUAACGAAGGUGAUGACGAUGACGAUGAAGAAGAAGAUGACGAUGACGACGAAAAUGACGAUGGUGACGAUGAGGACGAAAAUGAGGAAGAGAGAAAAGUGGAGAAUGGACAAAGUAGAUAUGAAGAAAAUAGAAAAGAGCAAGAAGAUGAAGAGGACGAGGACGAAGAGGAGAGUGAUGAUGACACUAAAGUUGUGUUUGGUAAUGAAGAAGAAAGACGAAAGUAUAUUUUGGAUAGAAUGAACCGGGCAGCAGUCAAGAUUAAUCUGGCAGAUGAUAGAGAAUGGAAAAACUGUAUGAACAAGGUGAGGGAAAAGCUUUUGAAGAAGAUUGGCACUGACAUAUUUGUGACGAUGCCGGAACGAAUAAUGUAAGCUGGGGAAAUAAACUACGUGACUGAAGAUUUGAAGUUUAGCUAUAAUUGUUUUUAUUGCAAAACGAAGAUGCAAACGAUAGGAGCGUGAAUGGGGGUCCUCUUGGCAUGUGGAAUUUGUUAUGCAUGUAUCCAAGAAGACACGAAUAAACCCCAUCGUCACUCAUAAUAAGCAACACGCGAUAUCGAAGUAAAGCGAGACGCGUGCCUAUUCAAUAUUCAUUUAGAUAAAUGAACAUUAAUCCUUUGAUGAGUAAGGAGGAAAGAAACGAAAUAUGAAGAAAAAAAGGAAAAAAAAGAAGUGUACACCUUAUACAGCGUUUCACGUCGAGAAAACGUUGAAGAACGUAGUCCACGUGAUUUCAGUUGUAGGUUGUUGAUUACUUUUAUGUGAUUUUUGAGGAAACUUAGUGCGCUGAUUUUUAGUAGAAAAAAAUCGUAGGGAGCAAUUUCGUUUCUCGUCCGACGUGCCGCCUAUAGUAUUGGACGUUUUGCGCAUCGAAAUUAAAUAAGAAAAACGAACGCGCGAAAGUUAGGAAUUACAGACAGUUUUGAGUACUUAUUUGAAUGCUGCACGAUUGCAACUCGGGUAUUUCAUUCGAGCGCUGUUUUUCUUUUCUUGUCGUUUUUCUUAAUUAAUAAUGAAUUAUCUUAAUUGUAUUUUUCUAAUUAUAAUUUAACUCCUCCUAGAAGAUUAACCCCUGACUAUCCUCUUCCCCGUUCCCCAUUGCUCCAAACCUCCCUGUAUCCGAUGCUUUUCCUGUGCUCUCCCGAGACAGGAUAAUUGAGAACGUAUGUAUAAAAGGAAAAAAAAAACGUGUAAUUUGAGGACAUGCUUACCCCGCGACGGGUACGCGAGAAGUGUUACUAGGUUGCAGAUGCCAAGCGUACGUUCAAAAAAAAAAAAAUAAAAAA